ACAACAGCAGAGAAUUCUCAAGGAAAAAUCCAGAGCGUAGGAUCUUGGCAGCUGGAGAUAUGGUUGUAAAAGGUGGAAUGAUUAAAUUUGGGGAUACGCAAGAGUGCAGAAUCAGAGCAAGACUGAUAUUUCGGAGAGUUUAGGUCUGGAGGAGGUUACAGAGAGAAGGAAGGAUUCUUGAGUAAGCCCAGCCGCAGACAAGACCUAAGAAUGCAGGUCUUUGGACAUGGUGUGGGGACGUGGCUUCUCCUGGGCUUUGUAACCAUGAUGUUUGAUUUCAUCAGCAAGGCACAGGGUCAAGUUGCCUCUCCAACAAGAUUAAAGUUUUCUAUAAUGUCUCAGGACAGUGUUAAGAUCACAUGGAAAGCCCCCAGGGGGAGAUUUCAAGAAUACAGAUUAACUGUGACACCAGUUGUAGGUGGCAAAACCCAGAAGUUAAGCAUACGGAAGGGUGAGACAGCGGCUAGAGUGGAAGGACUCCUCCCAAACCAGGAGUAUGUGGUACAGCUGUUUGCGAUCAACAAUAAAAGAGAAAGUUCACCAGCUGUGGGUCGGUUUACAAUGAGGGCAUCUCGAAGCAGAGGCAGGCAUGGCUCACCUCCAUCAACAAAACCAAAGAAAGAAUUGGACUCUCAAGGCAGCAGUAAAGCAACAGAAGAAGGGUCCCAGUUUAUGUGCAAGUCUCCCGCUAUUGCUGAUAUCGUCAUUCUGGUGGAUGGUUCCUGGAGCAUCGGCCGACUUAACUUCCGGCUGGUGCGACUGUUUUUGGAGAACUUGGUUAGUGCUUUCAAUGUAGAUUCUGACAAAACCAGAAUAGGACUGGCUCAGUACAGUGGAGACCCACGGAUAGAAUGGAAUCUGAACCAGCACAGCACAAGGGAGGCUGUACUGGAUGCUGUCAGAAAUCUGCCUUACAAGGGCGGCAACACACUCACAGGCCUCGCCUUAACUUACAUUCAGGAGAAUAGUUUUAAGCCUGAGGCUGGAUCCAGACCCGGAGUGCCAAAGAUUGGGAUCUUGAUCACGGAUGGCAAAUCCCAGGAUGAUGUUUUUCCACCGGCCAAAAGUUUACGUGAUGCUGGCAUUGAGCUCUUUGCUAUUGGCGUGAAAAAUGCAGACGUGAAUGAGCUGAAGGCAAUAGCCUCUGAACCCGAUGAAACACACGUUUACAAUGUGGCUGACUUCAACAUCAUGAACACUAUCAUUGAAAGUCUCACCAAAACGGUGUGCGCACGUGUGGAAGAACAAGACAAAGAGAUAAAAGAAGCAACAGGAAGUGUGAUUUCUGACCCGGUGGCGCCCACGAACCUUGUCGUCACUGAUGUCACCGCCCGGAGUUUCCGUGUCAGCUGGACACACGCGCCGGGGAACGUGGAGAAAUAUCGCGUGGUCUAUUACUCCACCACAGCAGGUCAGCCAGAAGAGGUGGUUGUAGAUGGGACAGAAUCAACUGCUGUCCUCCAGAAUCUGAUGUCCUUGACAGAGUAUCAGAUUGCAGUGUUUGCCAUUUAUACAAAGGCUGCUAGUGAAGGUCUCCGGGGCUCUGCAACUACAUUGGCACUUCCUGCAGCCGCGGACCUGGAUAUUUACGACGUGACCCACAAUAGCAUGAGAGUUAAGUGGGGGGCUGCUGAAUCUGCCUCUGGUUACAUGAUACUUUAUGCAGCGCUCACAGGGGGAGACAUGGCUGAUGAAAAGGAGGUGAAGGUGGCUGAUUCCGUUACAGACAUAGAACUGGAAGGGUUGUCUCCAAACACUGAAUAUACUGUGACAGUGUAUGCCAUGUAUGGGGAGGAGGCAAGCGACCCUCUGACUGGACAAGAAACAACAUUGCCACUUACACCUCCCAAGAACCUCCAGUUCUCCGAAAUCGGGCACAGCACAGGCAGGGUCAGCUGGGAAGCAGGAUCAAAGAAGGCUCUGGGUUAUCGUGUCAUGUAUGUGAAAACUGACGGGGCUGCAAUGCAUGAGGUUGAAGUUGAAGAUUCGACAACGAUUUUCUUAAGAAACCUGACAUCACUUACAGAGUACACAGUCGCAGUGUUUUCAAUCUAUGAUGAGGGGCAGUCAGACCCACUGACAGGCAGUUUUACCACAAAGAAUGUCCCAAAGCCUUUGUCCUUAAGGGUCAGUGAUGUUUCUGUGGACAAGUUCAGAGUUAGCUGGAAACAUGCUGCUGAUGAUGUUACCUUGUAUAGACUGGCAUGCACUCCCUUGAGUGGUGAAGAGGCAAAAGAGUUUGUGUUCAGUGGGGAUACAGACACGGUAAUUCUUGAUGAUUUAUUGCCUGGGACGGAAUACGAAGUGUCUCUCUCCGCAAUAUACAGCGAUGAGGCGGAAAGUGAAGUUGUUACUGUCCUUGAAACUACACUUCAGCGGAUAGUCACAACACCAGCUACUACAACCACUCUUCGUCCAACUACAGUAGUUAUCCGCUCUGGAAUAAGGAACCUGGUCUUGGAUGAUGAGACCACAUUCAGUCUUCAUGUGUCGUGGGAGCCUGCCGAUUCCUUCAUCACCCAGUACAGAGUCUCCUAUGUAUCUCUUAAAGGAGAUAGAGCAGAAGAAGCGGUGAUGGUUCCAGGGAGACAGAACAACCUCCUCCUCCAACCUCUGCUCUCAGACACCUCAUACCGAAUUACCGUAACACCGAUCUAUGUCGACGGUGAAGGCACCAGUCUCGCAGUUAAAGGGAAGACGUUGGCACUCUCCGGUCCCACAAAUCUGCAAGUGUCAGAGGAAUGGUACAAUCGCUUCCGAAUUAGAUGGGACCCUCCACCAUCGCCAACGAUGGGCUAUCGAGUGGUGUAUACAUCUGCAUCUGCUCCCGGGCCAGCUCUGGAUACCUUUGUAGGAGAUGACGUGAAUACCAUGGUCAUUCUUAACCUACUCAGUGGAACCGAAUACAUUGUCAAGGUGUUUGCAACAUACUCCACAGGUUCCAGCGAGCCACUGAUAGGAAGAGCCAAGACACUAUAUCUUGGGGUGACGAAUCUUGCCUCGUAUGAUGUUCGGAUGACGAGCAUGUGCGCCCGCUGGCAGCCACAUCGACACGCCACUACCUACAGAGUACUUAUCGAAUCACUUCAAGAUGGAAAGAAGGAAGAGGUGAUUGUUGAUGGAGGGAGAUCUCAUCACUGCUUUUAUGAUCUCAUUCCAAACACCAAGUACAAGAUCAGUGUGUACGCCCAGCUGCAGGAGAUGGAAGGACUGGCAGUGAGCAUACUCGAAGCAACAAAUCCUGUUCCAACGGAGCCACCGACUUCUCCACCAACAACUGUCCCACUGCCCACCAUCCCACCAGCCCGGGAGGUUUGCAAAGCUGCCAAAGCGAAUCUCGUCUUCCUUGUGGACGGCUCAUGGAGCAUUGGGGAUGAGAACUUUGUCAAGAUCAUUGGCUUUCUGUACAGCACGAUUGGAGCUCUGAACAAGAUCGGCCCGGAGGGGACUCAGGUUUCGAUAGUUCAGUUCAGCGAUGAUCCCAGAACAGAAUUUCAGCUCAACUCGUACAAUGACAAAGAGAAUCUCCUCAAUGCUGUCCAACGCAUUAGGUACAAGGGUGGAAACACAAAGACAGGUAGAGCCAUAAAACAUGCCAGGGAUUUCGUGUUCACAGUCGAAGCAGGAUUGCAGAGAGGCAUUCCAAGUGUACUGGUGGUCAUUACAGAUGGUCGAUCCCAAGAUGAUGUUAACAAGAUUUCACAAGAGAUGCAGAUGGAAGGGUACAGUAUCUUUGCAGUUGGUGUUGCUGAUGCUGAUUAUGCAGAGCUUAUCAACAUUGCAAGCAAACCCAGCAAUAGGCAUGCCUUCUUCGUGGACGAUUUUGAUGCCUUCAAGAAGAUUGAGGAUGAGCUGGUCACGUUUGUCUGUGAGACGGCCUCUGCAACAUGUCCGAUGGUCCUCAUUGGAGACAGCAACCUUGCAGGGUUUAGAAUGAUGGAGAUGUUUGGGCUGGUUGAGAAGGAGUAUGCCUCUGUAGCAGGAGUGUCGCUGGAGUCUGGCUCAUUCAACAGUUUUCCUUGUUUCAGACUUCACAAGAAUGCCCUUGUUUCACAACCCACGAGGAACGUUCACCCUGAGGGGCUACCAUCGGAUUACACCAUCACCUUCCUGUUCCGCCUGCUGCCCGACACUCCGCAGGAACCCUUUGCCCUCUGGGAAAUCCUGAACAAGCAGAGUGAGCCCCUGGUCGGAGUCAUCUUGGACAAUGGCAGGAAAGCUCUAACUUAUUUUAACUACGAUUAUAAGGAUGAGUUCCAGACCAUCACCUUUGAUGAUCCAGAAGUUAAGAAGAUUUUCUAUGGAAGCUUUCAUAAGGUGCAUGUGGUGAUCACCAAAACCCAGGCAAAGCUGGUGAUUGACUGCAAGCAAGUAGGCGAGAAAGCAAUCAAUGCGGCAGGGAACAUCAGCACCAAUGGGGUGGAAGUUCUGGGCCGGAUGGUGCGCUCCAGGAGCCCGAGGGAUAAUUCUGCAUCAUUCCAAUUGCAAGGGUUUGAUAUUUCCUGUUCCACGUCCUAUGCAAACAGGGACAAGUGCUGCGAACUUCCUGCUCUGAGAAAUGAAGGCAACUGCCCAGCCCUUCCUCAUGCCUGCACUUGUUCUCAAGACAGUAGAGGACCACCUGGGCCCUUGGGUCCCCCGGGCAGCCCAGGUUUCCGAGGCCCAAGAGGUGAGAGGGGAGAACAAGGUCAAAGGGGACCUGACGGUCAGCGAGGUGAGAUUGGCCUGCCAGGUCCUCAGGGACAACCUGGGCCCCAGGGACCAAGUGGACUUUCGAUUCAAGGUCCUCCGGGGAGCGCUGGUGAAAAGGGCGAGAAAGGGCAGAUUGGUCCCAUAGGUCACCAGGGUCUGCCAGGUCCCCGAGGACUCCCAGGACGAGAUGGGCCACCAGGUCAAAGGGGUCCUGUGGGUAAAGAUGGAUCUGUUGGGCCACCAGGUUCACCUGGGCCAGCGGGGAGUCCAGGAGUCCCAGGUUCCCCUGGAGCUGCAGGAAGUCCUGGUCCUCAGGGCGACAUAGGACCUCCCGGUCCUCCAGGUCUGAAAGGAGAGAGGGGCCCAAGGGGAGAUGCCCAGUCACAGGGUAUGGUCCGUGUCAUUGCACAGCAAGUGUGUGAGCAACUCAUCCAGAGCCACUUAUCACGAUAUAACUCCAUUCUCAACCAUGCCCCCAGCAACUCUGUCCAAGUGCGGGCAGCACCGGGGCCCCCAGGAGAACCAGGCCGUGAGGGAGCUGCAGGUCCACCAGGAGAACCAGGUCCUCAAGGUCGAGCAGGAUUCCCUGGAACGCCAGGAAUACCAGGCCGACCAGGAGAAAGAGGUCUGCCGGGUGAAAAGGGAGAGCGGGGAUCUCCAGGCUUCGGUAAACAGGGCCCGAGAGGACCUCCAGGAGCACCAGGCCCUCAGGGUGAGGGACGGAGUGGGAGUCAAGGACCACCAGGGCUCCCAGGGCGGCAAGGCAGCUCAGGACGUACAGGAGCCAGUGGACCAAGAGGACCACCUGGACCACCAGGUUACUGUGAUGCCUCUUCCUGUGCUGGCUACAAUAUUGGAGGUGGAUACAGUGAUCCAACCAAUCAAGACAUCCCUGUAGUACAAUUGCCUCCAAACUCCUACCGAACCUAUGACCAUUAUGAUGAGCAAGAACUGUACAUGUACCAGGGGUCCUACCCCUACCCAAACCCCCACUCCCAGCCCUCCUACCCAGAGCCUCGUCUUGAGAGGGAGGACGACGAAUCGGAAGUGGUUGAGGUCCGGUCACCUGGAAUUAAGCGAUUCACGAGGAGCAUUUCUAAAUGGAGCGGCACAUCUUCACGCACAACAAAGGAGAACCAAUAAAGGAGCAUUGUAAACAUAGCGCAAAAUCUUACGUACUUUACCCCUAUCAAAUGGGCAGUGGAAAUCGUGGAUUCAGCUCAUAGAUUAAAAGCUGGGACCUCUGCAGAGAUACUUUUUUUUAAAUAACGUAACAAUUACACAGAUAGAGAAAUCAGGCUAUGUUGUUGUCAAAUUAGAGCAUUUGUGCCAUUAAAUGAGAAUUGAAUUUUCAAAAGAUUCUACACAGUGUUAAAUAUUUCAGCAAUACAAAUGUUGACUGAUCAUUUUAAAUCACUAAUCUUAUUGAAGAUUAGUAGGGUGCUACUAUUAUCAGUUUUCUGUUACAUUCCAAGGGCAUAAAACUGGUGUUUUACCUUUCUGUAGCAUUUCUAUUUGUGUUAAAUUAACUCACUGCAUCAUUGAAAUUUGUAUUACGUUUAGCAAAAGCAAACAAUUUGGUAGAGAUAUUGUCAAAAAGUAGUUGAAUGCUUACACACUUAAAUUGAUUCAAAAGCCACUGGACAAUUUUUAUUUGUAGACCACUUGUGGCAGAGCUGCGCAGUUAUGAAUGCGAAACCUUGCAAAGAUGAAAUGGUGCACUUGUUACCAAGUGAAGCAGUUUAUAUGAAGACGAUAUUGUUUUUCCAGAUUGUGCUCAUUCCCCUAUUCUAUUCAAUUACCUCUUGGCAAAAUCUAGCAGGUAAUUUAUUUGGAUGAAAUGGUCAUUGUUCAAGGAGCAAGUAAAUAAAAUUAAACAAGUACCAA